GAACCGUUUCACUUUGUUCCUCGCGUAUCCGUUAGAACAUCCUGCUCGAAACAAAGAUAAACGUCAAUUUCUCCGAGUAAAUCAAACUAUUUUCCAGACUCAGGAAAAUCUAGCCACUGUUUCUGCGUUAUCUUUCAUAAAACCAAGUCGCACAUUCAAGCCCAGCAUCUCAGCAAUUAAGAGAUCUCCCCACUUUUCUCGAAACGCAUCAGUUGCUGCUGUAACAUACAAUAAUUUAUUGCCAGCCUAGCCGAAUUCAGAAAUUCUUAUUAUUACUGAAACAACCAUAUUCUAAUUUCGGCCUCAAUGGAUCCUUCUAUCAUGAAACUCCUUGAAGAAGACGAGGAUGAAACAAUGCAUUCGGGGGCGGAUGUGGAAGCAUUCACUGCUGCCCUAAAUAGGGAUAUCGGAGGCGCAGAUAAUUCACAAUCUCAGCCGUCCGAUUCUGAUAGCGUACCGUUAUCUCAAGGAAGCAGUUACACCUCAAAUCAGUUUGCAUCAUGGCAAACUUCUAACCAUGACGAAAAUGCCAGUCGUCAUAGUCUUCAAGAUUCAGAGACCGUUCAGCAAAAGGAGGGAAAUAUGUCUGAUAUGCAGUUACAGCGACAUGAUACCGAUUCUCAGAAUCAGCAGCAAAAAAAUGAUUCCUCACAGGAGAUCAGUUCCCUUCCUUUGCAGCAUAUAUCUUCCCAGGAUACUUAUCAAACCACAGAGGUUGAAAAGGACACACUUCAUUCUUCUAAAGCAGUGAAUACACAGAAUCCUGAAAAGAAUGCUCAAAAUCCAGAAUCUCAACAUCUAAACUUACAGGGAGGGAAUAAUCAAAAAUCCUUUCAGUCCUUGACAACAGGAACUAGUGGUCUGCCCCUUGUGGCAGCAGAGGCAAGUAAUCAGUCAGAAUCGGCAACUGGGUCAAGUAGCCAAGCAGCAAUCAAUGUGGCUAAACAGGGAAAACAAGUGCCCUUUGCCAUGCUUUUCCCUCACAUACAACCCCAGCUUGAUAAGGAUAGGGCAAUGCAACUCCAGACUCUUUACGUUAAACUGAAAAAAAAUGAAAUUUCUAAGGAAGGUUUUGUAAGACACAUGAGAAGUAUAAUUGGUGAUCAAAUGCUCAAAAUGGCUGUAUAUAAAUUUCAAUCUCAGGCAUCUAGAAACUCACCAACUGUUCCCGGUCAAUUUCCUCAGUCUCCGGCUUCACAGCAGCAAUAUUCGCAAAUGCCAACAGAUGAUUCUAGUAAUAUGGCAAUUGAGAGUAAUGCUCAAAAGUUGCGCGAGGUGGAAAAUCAGGCAGAUUUGCGUGGAGCCCAAGGAAACCAGAUGCCUUCUUCUAGUUUGAUUGCUGUAAAACAAGAAAGGGACCACUCACCAUUCCCAAUACAGGGACUUAAUAGGCAACAACAACAGCAUUUGCACUUCUCACAAGCAUCAUUUCCCACAUUUCCAAAUGCAGGGAACAAUUAUAGUGCAUAUUCUGCAUCUAAUGUCCACUCUUCUACAACACAACCGCUUAAACAGCAAUCUGAUGAUGCACAAAUGAGACAAUUUUCAGCUCAACAGAACAGAAAUGCAACUCAGUUAGGAGUGCCAACGCAGGCCAUGGGAAUGAUGAGCGCUCCUAAGUUUGAAAAGCAAAACACUUUUGGCGAAGCCAAAAGAUUACCUGGUGGGAGUCUUAAUAUUCCAAGUACUUCUAGAAUCCAGCAGCCUUCAGUUCAAUGGCAACAGUCUGCCAAUAAAGAGCAGAAAAGUAUUCUUUCAUCACCAGUGACCAAUCUAAAGUCUGAACCAAUUGAUCAUUUCCAUGACCAGCUGCAAAGAUCCCAGUUGUCGCCCUUCUCCUCUGUUCAAGUGGAGCAAGGAAAUUCCACUUCAGAAAGUUCAAAGGAUGAGUCUAUUGAACAGACCUCCAGAAUUGGUUUAUCAACAACCACUAGCAUGAAACCUUCUAAUUCAGCCUCGUCUUUCAUGUCAUCUCAAAUGGAUACUAGCACAUUGUUGAGUUCUCGGACAACUUCUGUGACAUCUCUACUUGGGCCAGGAAACAAUGGAAAGACUCCUGUGAAAAAGCCUUCCAUUGGACAGAAGAAGCCCCUCGAUACACUAGGUUCCUCACCUCCACCUUCAGGGAAGAAGCAAAAGGUUUCAGGAGCUUUUUUGGAUCAGAGCAUUGAACAACUUAAUGAUGUUACUGCUGUUAGUGGAGUUAAUCUAAGGGAAGAGGAAGAACAGCUAUUUUCUGGGCCCAAGGAGGAUAGUCGAGUUUCUGAAGCGUCUCGACGAGUUGUACAAGAAGAAGAGGAAAGGCUGAUCUUGCAGAAAAUUCCACUUCAGAAGAAAUUGGCAGAUAUCAUGGCAAAAUGUGGUCUAAAGAAUAUGAGCAAUGAUGUGGAACGAUGCUUGUCAUUGUGUGUGGAGGAAAGAAUGCGUGGACUUAUAAGUAGUCUCAUCAGACUGUCAAAACAGAGAGUUGACAUUGAGAAGUCAAGACACAGAACAAUUGUCACUUCAGAUGUUCGUGAAGAAAUCCUGUCAAUCAAUCGAAAAGCCCGGGAAGAAUGGGAAAAGAAACAGGCUGAUGUGGAGAAACUCCAAAAGGCAAAUGAACCUGAAGGUAGUAAUGGAGUUGACGGUGAUAAGGAGAAGGAUGAUGGUCGUGGGAAAUCAAUAAAGGCAAACAAGGAAGAGGAUGAUAAGAUGCGAACUACAGCUGCAAAUGUUGCUGCUCGAGCUGCUGUUGGAGGUGAUGACAUGUUGUCAAAGUGGCAAUUGAUGGCUGAGCAGGCCAGGCAAAAGCGUGAAGGGGGAGGUGAUGUGGCUUCUGGUUCACAGCCUAGUAAAGAUGUUACUCGGAGGAAUUUAUCGACUCCCACAAGAACCUCAAAGGAACAUCAAGAAGCUGAGAACAGGAGCCAGUCAUCUGCAAAAGUCACACCUGUACUUUACUGGAGGAGUUCCCAAGAAUAUACCAGUUAAAUGUGCUGCCCCAAGUCACAGUUAGCCAAUGCAGGGAAGAGAACUGUUGGGAUUUGCAGUUCAGAAGGAAUUUUCAAGACUGGUAGGUGGAUCAGCUGGGAGUUCUUCUGGAAAGAAUGCAAGGGUUCUCAAUAGACACUUCUGGAAAAGGACAGAUUAGUUUGGAGUUUCAGCCAGGGUGGUGCAUAUACUGUUAAAUCUUGUUACAAGAAGAUCUGAUCCAACAGCAACAUUGCUGAAAGUGUGGCCCUGGAAACUUGUGUGGAAAGUCAAAAUUUCGACAAAGAUAGCCUCUUUCAGCUGGUUAGCAAUCCGGGAAUCUUGCUCAACUCGUGAUAACCUUGCAAAAAGGGGAAUAAUGCUCUGCAGCAAGUGAGACAUAUGUCUACAAGAAUCAGAAAACAUCAGCCUUUUAUCCCUCCACUUUCAAGCUGCCAGAGACAUUUGGAGUAUGUUUUUUAACCAUUUUGGUGUGAGCUGGGUAAUGCCCUAUACCACUAAAAGAAGCAUAUGCCCUCUGGGUAGUUGGAAAGGCUACAAAACAGAGAUAGAAAAAGGGUACCAGCACGCCUCUUUUGGAGUAUUUGGAAAGAAAGAAACCUUAGAUAUUGUCAUAUUGUCUCUUCUAGACAAACUUAAAGUUAGAUGCCUGAUCAGUCUUUUUUGCUGCGACUUAAAAGUGUAAAUAAUCUGGAUAAAUUUAUGGAUUUUUUUUUUUUUGGAUCAGGUAAAGGUUGAGAUAAAUUUAUGGAUUUUGUUAGCUCCUUGAAUUACUACUAGUAACCACGGGUUCAUUAUACAGGAGCUACGACUCCUUUUUUGCUCAGCUGAUGUUACUUUUGCAUCCUUGGAUGGGUUUCAAUGAAAUUUUUUCAUUUUACGUGAUCCAAACAAAAUAA